GAUACUCUGAGUACUGGAAUACCGUAUUGACUUUGGUGCGUACGUUACUUUUUAACUAGCUGCUUUCUCUUGGGCAGCUGCAAGAGCCCAGAAAAGUCAAUCUGAAAGGGAACACGGUACUGUUACAGCAUGGUUUCCAAAGUGACUACGGUUCUGCUCUUGCUCCAGCUGAGUGGUUACUUUGUUUCCGGGAAAUGUGGGAAGGUGCUAGUGUGGCCCAUGGAAUACAGCCACUGGAUCAACAUGAAGAUAAUACUGGAUGAGCUUGUGCUCAGGGGCCACCAGGUGACUGUUCUGGUAUCUUCUAGCUCUGCUUUCUUUGAUGUUGACCAACCAUCUCUUAUUACGUUUGAGAUUUAUCCCUCACCAUCAAUCCGUGAGGAGGUGGAAAGAUUGUUCCUGGAGGCCAUCACAAAGUGGAUUUACGAGCUGUCAGAGCUAUCAUUUUGGACAUAUUUUUCCAGGUUGCAAGAACUCGUGUGGGAAGAUUCUGCUUAUUUUGAGAGUCUCUGCAAAGAUGUGGUUUUGAACAAGAAGCUGAUGACAAAACUAGGAGAAUCGAGGUUUGAUGUCAUUCUCGCAGAUGCCUUCAUUCCCUGCGGCGACCUGCUGGCCGAGCUCCUAAGCCUCCCUCUUGUGUACACGCACCGCUUCUUUUGGGGGUACACGUAUGAGAAGUACAGUGGAGGGCUUCCAGUUCCUCCUUCCUACGUGCCUAUCAUUCAGGCAGAGCUCAGUGAUCGGAUGACAUUUACGGAGAGGGUGAAAAACAUGCUCUACGUGAUUUAUUUUGACUUUUGGUUCCAAGCAUUUAAUGAGAAGAAGUGGGAUCAGUUUUACAGUGAAGUUCUAGGGAGACCCACGACCUUAUCUGAGACAAUGGCUAAAGCUGAUAUAUGGCUCGUUAGAACCUACUGGGAUAUUGAAUUUCCUCGUCCACUCUUACCGAAUUUUGAAUUUGUGGGAGGACUCCACUGCAAACCUGCCAAACCUCUGCCUAAGGAAGUGGAAGACUUUGUCCAGAGCUCUGGCGACGAGGGCGUUGUGGUGUUUUCUCUGGGGUCAAUGGUCAGUAACAUGACAGAAGAGAGGGCCAACGUGAUUGCAUCGGCGCUAGCACAGAUCCCACAAAAGGUUGUAUGGAGAUUUGAUGGCAAGAAACCAGAUGCCUUAGGAUCCAACACUCAGUUGUCCAAGUGGAUCCCGCAGAAUGACCUUCUUGGUCACCCAAAAACCAAGGCCUUCAUCACUCACGGUGGGACCAACGGCGUCUACGAGGCCAUCUACCAUGGCGUUCCCAUGGUGGGCAUUCCUCUGUUUGCAGAUCAGUCUGAUAACAUUGUUCGCAUGAUGGCCAAGGGAGCUGCUGUUAGGCUGAACUUCCACACAAUGUCAAGUGCGGAUUUGCUCAAAGCUGUGAAGACAGUCAUCACUGACCCUUCCUACAAAGAGAACGCGAUGAGGUUAUCGAGAAUUCACCACGAUCAGCCCGUGAAGCCCCUGGACCGAGCUGUCUUCUGGAUCGAGUUUGUCAUGCGCCACAAAGGAGCCAAGCACCUCCGCCCAGCCGUCCACGACCUCACCUGGCUCCAGUACCACUCUCUGGAUGUCAUUGGCUUCCUGCUGGCCUGUGUGGCCGCUGUCACCUUCAUCUUCAUGAAGGGUUGCGUGCUCUGUUGCCGGAAGUUAGCUAAAACUGGGAAGAAGAAGAAAAGAGAGUAAGUGUAAGGUGGUGUGAAUUUGGGAGGUCUGAUUGUAGGUCCUCCUGCAAUUUACUCCAGCAAGAAGAGGUUGUAAGGUGAUUACUUCUUCCAGAGGCAAAACACUUUGUAUUCCAGCAAAUGAAUACUUACUUAGGAGUUAAAAUCAUUUUAAGGCAAUGGGGAGAUACAUAUGUAACUAUAUGUCAUUCUUCUGAAACUCUGCUGCCAUCGUGAUAACUAUUCUGAAAUCGUUAACUAAUUUAAAUUGUAGCUUGCUUACAAGUUAAUUUGUGGACACUUUCAUCA